CUGACGCUCUGCAGGCUCCGGACUCAUCAGUGGUGCUUCAUCCUCUUUAAUAUCUUGCUUUUCCACAUGCUGCUUUUUGGAGCAGAUUUACUGGAGGAAUACUUCCUGCGGCCAUUUCCUCUUUCUUACACCGAUGCAAAGGUUCUCAAAAUAAGGGAGAAGGCCAGCAAGCUGAACACAGAUGUUUUAAAGGCCAAUCUCUCUUACGCUGUCAGCAGUGCAGCAACAUGCUCUGACCAAGGGAUAUUUUUGCUCAUUCUUGUCUGCAGCAGCCCAGAAAACAGGACAAGGCGCAACGCCAUCAGGCAGACAUGGGGCAACGUGACAGACGCUGGAGGUUAUGCUGUCCUUACUGUGUUUGCUUUAGGAAAGCCAGCUUCAGUAACCACCCAGCUGGAGAUCAAUGAGGAGUCUCAAAAGCACAGAGACAUUAUCGAAGGCAGUUUCAUCGAUUCUCCCGAGACGCAGACACAGAAGAUGUUGAUGAGCAUGGAGUGGGCAGUGAGCUUCUGUCCCCAUGCAAGAUACAUUCUUAAAACAGAUGAAGAUGUGUUUAUUGGUAUCCCGAGUCUGGCUGGAUACUUGCUCAGCUUAACGCAGCUAGAGGACAUUUACAUCGGGAGGGUCAUCCAUCAAGGAGUGCCCGACAGAGACCCCAAAAGCCCUGGCUUUGUUCCCAUCCACCAAUACUCAGGAGAGUUUUACCCGGAUUACUGCGACGGGAGCGCGUUCGUCAUGUCCCAGGACGUCGCUCGCAAGGUGUAUGUGGCCGCCAAGGAGGUGCCAGCUUCGGUGCCCCCAGAUAUCUUCGUUGGAAUUUGUGCUAAAAGAGCUGGCAUCACUCCCAUUCACAGCUCUCGAUUUUCUGGAGAAAAGCACAUCAGCUACAAUCGAUGCUGCUAUAAAUUCAUUUUCACCUCUUCCAACAUGAAAGAGGACGAGUUAUUUAAAGACUGGGAGGAAACAGGCGAUGGGAAAGACUGCUCAUUACUGGAAACUUACUACAGUCUGGUGUCCUGCAAGGUUUUGACCUAUAUUGAUAAAUUCAAACAGUUUAACUUAGAGAGAAUUAAAAAUGAGGUUCUUCAUUUUGCCAAUUAA